AUGGAAAAUUUAAGCUGGUGGAGAAAUUUUAAGCUGGUGGUGGAGAAGGGCGGCGCGCGAGGGCGACGCGCGCGCGUGCGCGCGCUGCUGCAGGCGGGCAUCGCGCCUGACGAGCCGCGCACCAACAACCAGAAGACGGCGCUGUGGCUGGCGGCGCUGGAAGGCACCGGCAGGUGCGGCGCUGCUGCUGGCGGCGGGCGCCGACCCUUGGCGCCGACGACGGGCCUCGCCAUCACGCCGCUCAAUCGGCGCCGCCGUCGCCGGCCACGCCGACGUCGUCGCCCUCAUGGCGGCCGCCCGGCCCCAGGUGGUGAGGCGUCACCUUUUGGUUCUUCUGGCCACUCCACAGCGGCGCGCGAGGGCGACGCGCGCGCGGUGCGCGCGCUGCUGCAGGCGGGCAUCGCGCCUGACGAGCCGCGCACCAACAACCAGAAGACGGCGCUGUGGCUGGCGGCGCUGGAAGGCCACCGGCAGGUGGCGGCGCUGCUGCUGGCGGCGGGCGCCGACCCUUGCGCCGACGACGGGCUCGCCAUCACGCCGCUCAUCGGCGCCGCCGUCGCCGGCCACGCCGACGUCGUCGCCCUCAUGGCGGCCGCCCGGCCCCAGGUGGCCGUGCGCGCGCUGCUGGAGGGCGGCACCCCGGCGACCGCCCGCGCGCGCGGCUACCCCUCCGCGCUGUUCGCCGCCGCCUUCAGCGACGCCGCCACCCUCGCCUUGCUGCUCGACGCCGGCGCCGACCCGGACGAGACGGACGGGUGGGGCCGCACGGCGCUGCACCACGCGGCCGCCGCGGGCGAGCGCGAGUGCGCCGUUCUGCUGCUGACGGCCGGCACGGACCUCCUGCACCGGGACAGCGCAGGCCUUACGGCCGGAGACGUAGCGUCCACCAACGAAGUGCGCCGCCUGUUUCUGCCCUCCCUGCCCAUGAACGGGUACCCCGCUUCGGGCAUCUGACUCGGCAUCCGGCGCAGCAUUUACGCCCAACGCAACGGGAAGUGCCUUCAGUAGGCUGUUAACGAGCAAGCGCGGUUUGCGAGGUUGUCUCGCGACGGUUGUCAUCUGUUCCAUUCUUUCCGCGAUUAAGAGGGCCAGCGGUGUCUCGUUUACAUCCUGCGCAAGCGAGGUUGUUGUUUUUUUCGUGAAUAGUCACCUUUAAUACUCUUUGAAAGAAAAAUACGUAGGAUGACUGAGUGCAUUAUUUGCAUGCCUGAUACGUAAAAUUUGUAUUUGUUUUAUGCUAAAUCUCUGACAAAUCGUUUCUUAAACAAGGACUUCUUAGACUGUUGUUUCAGGCUUUUGUCUGUUCCAGUUGUAUCCUUACUGCGAAUUGUUUUAUUUCUGCUAGGUUUACAUAUUUGUUAUAAAUAGGUGAAUUAUCUCCUAUUGUACCUUGUUUUACCAUUGUGGACCUCGCUUGUGUGUGAUACGUAAACAUUUUAUUCAAAUCAAAAACUUUUCCCGUUCAUUUUUCAAAUUGUUUAUUCUCCUCUUAAGCGUGCUUGUAAACUUGAACUUUGAUGACAUGACAUUAGAUUUCCCGUUGUAAUUUUAAGUGUCUUACUUGAAAUUUUAGAAAUAAAUACAUUUUUAUUAUUGUCAAACUUGACAAUAUUAA